AUGGCUUUAGUUCAACGAUAUGGCAAACCAUAUAUUUUUUUGACAAUGACAUGCAAUCCAAAUUGGAAAGAGAUCUCAACUCAAUUGUUACCACAUGAGGAAACCCAAAAUCGACCUGACUUAAUUGCUCGAAUUUUUAGAGCAAAAUUAGAGGAUCUGAAGUAUGAAUUAUUCAAACGAGAAAUAUUUGGAAAAAUCUCAGCAUAUGUUUAUGUUAUUGAGCACCAAAAAAGAGGACUUCCACAUGCCCAUUUCCUAAUUAUAUUGCGUCAAGAUUGGAAAUUAUACGCACCAGAAUCUUUUGAUGAGAUAGUAUCUGCUGAAUUACCUGACAAAGACAACAACUUACAUCUCUAUACAGCUGUUGUUAAGCAUAUGAUGCAUGGCCCAUGUGGAGUUCUAAAUCCAACAAAUGUAUGCAUGAAAAAAAAUGGUUGUUGCAAAAAUAAUUACCCAAAACAGUUUGUCUCAAACACUGUUGUUGAAAAUGAUUGCUUCCCAAUAUACAAACGCUGCAACAAUGGAAGAACAGCCAAAAUCAGAGGACAUGAUUUAGAUAAUCGUUGGGUUGUUCCAUAUAACCCUUAUUUACUUGCAAUGUUUGACUGCCAUAUUAAUGUUGAGAUAUGUUCUACAAUAAAAGCUGUCAAGUAUCUUUACAAAUACAUUUAUAAAGGCCAUGAUCGUGUUGCCUUCAAUCUGGUUUCUAAACAAAGCACUCAACAGAUUGAUGAAAUUGAAAGAUUUCAAUCAGCUCGAUGGAUUACUCCACCAGAGGCUAUGUGGAGAAUAUUUGGCUUUAUUAUCAAUGAGGUUCAUCCAGCAGUCUAUAGCUUACAUUUACAUCUUGAAAAUCAGCACCAGGUUACUUUCCGUGCACAUGAAAACUUAACAAAUGUGAUAAACUCUGACUUUUCAGCAAAGUCAAUGCUGACUGAAUUUUUCGCAACAAAUCAAGUUGAUCAGAAUGCCAGAAAAUUGUUGUAUAAAGAAUUUCCUGAAUUUUAUGUUUGGAGCCAACAAUACAAAAUGUGGACUAUUCGAAAAAAACAGGUUGUGAUAGGUCGAAUUGUUACAGCAAAUCCUUUUGAAGGAGAAAGGUAUUAUCUGCGGAUGUUAUUAAAUCAUAUAAGAGGUCCUUUAUCAUUUGAUCAUCUCAAAACUGUCAAUGGUAUCUUGGCCCCCACAUUUCGUGAAGCUGCAACUAUGUAUGGUUUAUUACAGAGAGAUGACAGUUUAGAAGAAUGCUUAUACGAAGCCUCUCUUUACCAAAUGCCUUUCAGUUUAAGAAGACUAUUUGCAACAAUUUUGGUUUACUGUAAUCCUACAAAUCCAAGAGAUCUCUGGGAACGCUUUGAACAAGAUAUGUCUGCUGAUUUUCAAUUAGUUGAAAGUUCUUCAUCAACUGUUAGAACUGAAACUUUACGCUCCAUCUCCACAAUAUUUGAAUCAAUGGGUAGAAACAUCAAUUCGUUCCAUCUUAUAGACCAAAACAUUGAUUUUGAUCAAGAUGAGUUUUUGUUUAGAGAAAUUGAUGAUGAAUUAGCUGUUCCAAUUCCAGAAGAAGAUCUUCAUGCAUCAACACUGCUUAAUUGCGAACAACAAAAUGCUUAUAAUUCUAUCUUACAAAAAGUUUUGUCAAAUGAACCUGCGAUGUUCUUUAUUGAUGGUCCUGGUGGUACAGGAAAAACAUUUUUAUACAAAGCACUCCUUGCUACAACAAGAACAAAGCAAUUAAUUGCUCUUGCAACUGCUUCAUCUGGUGUAGCUGCAUCAAUCUUACCUGGAGGUCGAACUGCACAUUCACGAUUCAAAAUUCCACUAGAUACCAACAAAAAUCUCACAUGCAGUGUCAGUAAACAAAGUGGACUUGCAAGAUUACUACAAAAAGUAAAGUUAAUCAUAUGGGAUGAAGCUCCUAUGUCAAGAAAAGAAUCUAUAGAAGCAUUGGAUAAAAUGCUAAAGGAUAUUAAUGAUUCAGAAUUAUCUUUUGGUGGAAAAGUUAUUGUAUUUGGUGGAGACUUUCGUCAGAUUCUACCUGUGGUCCCAAAAGGAACAAGACAACAACAGAUUGAUGCCAGCUUAGUUUCUUCCUACCUAUGGCCAAAAUUGACAAAAAUUCUUUUAACUGAAAAUAUGCGUGCAAGAUUAGAUCCAGACUUCUCAAAAUACAUAUUGGAUUUAGGGAAUGGGUAA